AUGCACUAUUGUUGUCACUGGUUACGUCGAGAAACGCGGGAUGGUGACAGUGUUUCGACACCGGCAAAUCGCACACACUAUGAAUCAAUGAUAAGAAUGAUGCUUUUGCCUAUGCCGAUAUGCUUUGAAGAGGAGCCGUACGAUCCGGUUGGAUGCAUUCAUUGCCUGCAGUUUAUCGGCUGCCGACGGUAA